UCGUAAAAAUGGCCGUUUUCAGAUGAUUUCGCUACCGAAACACGAGUGCGGUUGUCUGGUACGCACGCUCUUCCGUCUGUUUAUGACAAUGUUAUUUUACGUUCUGGGACGAUACUGAUGCUCAUUUUUUCUACGGCCGAAGACGUUGAAUUUUAAUCGUUACUUUAGUACAGGAGAAAUUCGACACUUACAGGACUUAUACAAAACAGAAGUUAAUAUACAUAUAUCAUAUAAAAUGGAUAAAUAUAAUAAUAAUAAGACGAAAAAAAUGAUUGAAUUUAAUGAGAAACCUAUGCAACUAGUAAAUGGAAGAUUAUUGCAUUAUAAAAAUCAUCAUUAUAAUGAACAGAUUCUCAACAAGAGUACAUCAACAACUAAUGUUAAAGACCCUACAAUUCUUAAUUGUAUGCAUACUUAUGCAAUUUAUCAUGAAAAAAAAAUACCUGAAAGUCAAGUAAAUUUUGAAGAUAGUGACAAUGUAAAGGUACAACAAAUGACCAACCAAAACCUCCAGUAUCAAAGUUUUUUCAGUAGUGAUGGAUUAAUAGUAACACCAAUUCCGCUUACCAAAACUUCUCUUUUGUCUCCUUUGGUGAAAAACCCAAAAAGUUCUUCUAUGAUUAAGGAUUGUAAUGUAGGAAUUCCAGUCCAACUAGAUUCCCAAGUAAAGUCAAAUAUCAAUAACGAUAUUUCUGAGUCUGCUAUACCAUUAGAUUAUUCUAAAAAACAUUCUUGGAUCAAAUGCGAGAAUAAAAAUAAUUGUUGUACAAACAACACAGAUUUAAAUAACAAAUUAUUAAAUCUCUCAGUUGAAAAUGGUGGAUCUCUUAUAAUUAAUAAAUUAACUUCUGAUAAAUCAAAAAAAUUCCAAAAUUGUCUUCCAAUUAAAGAUAGAAGUUAUGUGGUGUUAAAAAUGGAUGUUGAUAAAGCAAAUAUAACUGGUGAUAAUUCAAGACAAAACAGUUUCAAUAAAGAAUACAGUAAUAAGGGUUCUUUGAUCAGACCUACAGUGGAUGAAUCUAAAACUCAUCUUUGCAAUAAAAAAUCAACCGAAAAUUUGAAGACUUCUUCAAUGGGACAAACAUCUGAAGAUGAAUUAGUUGUAUUAAAUGAUUAUUCAAUUAUACAAACAAAUUAUGCAAAAGAACAAGCUAGUAGUAAUUUUAAGCCAAAAAUGGUUGUAAAUAAAUCAUAUAAAAAUGGUGGUUUUUCAAAUAAAAACAAUUUCAGUAAAAUAUCGAGUGUUAAGUGUAAUACCAAAUGUGAUGAUGGAACUAGAUACCAAUGUGUUUCAAGAAAUCAACAUUGCAGCAACACAAAACAAAAUAAUUUUAAGAAUAGAAUUUCAACUUUAUGGGAAAUGGAAGAUGGAUGUAUUAGAACUGAUAUUUCGUCUAGUUUUUCUAAAGGAUUAAAUAAUGUCAGUAAUGGUCCAUUUAAACAUAAAGAUAAAUGCAAAGAACAAGAUAAUACUAAAAAGGACUGUCACAGUAAAAUUAAUCUAAUCCCACAAUUGGGCAUAAAUAGUUCUAAUACUGUGGUUAAUAUUAGUAGUUUCUUAGAAAAAAACAAGUUAAAUAAAAUUCAAAAUUAUAAUUCUGAACAAGUUUCAAUGACACAAAAGGCUGCAAACAGAAUUGAAAAAAACACACCAUCUACAGGAGGCUGUAUUAUGAAGCUAAAACCUUCCAAAAUAAGUAAUUCAGUGAUGCAAAGUGUUACAACUGUGUACACCAAUGACAUAUCCGAUUUGAAUAUAAACUCAACUUGUAUACAAAAUAGUACUCCAGAGAAUUACAAGUUUACAUCCUUAGAACAAAAUUGUAAUAUUCAGAAUCUUCCAAUAAUUGUAAUUGAUGAUUCCUCAGAUUCAUAUGAAAAUUCAAGUAAUAUUGAAAAAGGAUUGCAAAAUAAGUCCAUCAAUAUACCAAUUGAGAGCAGAUGUAAUAUAAAACAGAGUUUUUAUGAUAAAAAUAAGUCAGCGUUACAGUUGGCCACAGCUGGUUUUUCUGGGAAAAACAAAGUUAAUAAAGAACCAGUAAAUUUUCAAAAAAUUCCUUUAAUCAGUCAGAAUAACGUACCUGAAAAGUUGGAUGAUGAUGAUACAAAGCAAAAUAAAUCCAAUAAAGAAAUUACAAUAUUAAAAAAGACUGAAUUUAACGAAUUCAUUAUGAACAAAAAUUCUUUCAAGCCCACUGAAAAAUUAACCAAGGUCAAAAAUAGUAUUUUAUCUGGACAACAUAACCAACAAAAAAAAUUAUUUUAUGAAGCCAAGUUGAAAGAAUGUACUGUAAGUAAUUCAGAUGCAAGAAUAAUAACAAAUAAUUUAAUUCAAGUCCGUGAUGUAACAAAAUCUGAUGAAAUUCCAACUAGUAUUGAAAAAAGCAUUCAGAUAAAAGAUGAUGGUCUAUUAAAAAAUCAAAAAGAAAUUUUACCAACAAGAUGUGUUGAUAGAAUUCGAUUUUCACAAAUAUGCAGUAGAAGAUCUAUUUUUCGACCAACAUUUAAGACAAAAUACACUUCUAAUAAAAUCAUGAAAAAAGAAAAUACCAGAAGAAAAUGUAAUCUUUGUGGUAGGCUAAUAAAGUGUAAUAGUUGGUUAACGCAUUUACAGGGAAUACAUAACUUAUAUCAAUAUUUCUGUAAUCUAUGCGGUAAGAGUCAAACAAAUCAAAGUUUGUCGAUUAAUCAUGCUAAAUUGCAUUUUCUUAAUGAAUGCUAUCCAUGUGAUCGUUGUAGCAAACAGUUUUAUAAUGGAAUGAUGUUAGUGGAGCACUUGCGUAAGGAGCAUAGAGUGUUUGUGCCAUUCCAGUGCCAAAAGUGUGAUGUGUUGUUUGAAGAAAAGAAAUGCUUACGAAGGCAUAAUUUGUUUGAUAGUUGCAAUCCGAUAUCUCAACCCAAGUGUAUUGAAUGUAAUAUUAUAUUUCAACAAAAGAAAAACUUGGGUAAACACCAGAAAAAAGUACAUGGGAAAAAACCACAAAUUGAUUAUUAUUGUGAACAUUGUAAUGUCCACUUUAAAUUCAAAGAAUCUGUUAAGAUUCAUUUAAAAGCACGACACAGUGAAAAUGCAUUAAAAUAUAAAAAAAAAAGUGAUGUAUCCUACAUUGAGAAAACUUUAAGAAAACAUCAUACAAAAGAAUAUAUUGAAAAUAUAAAUAAAUGUGAUCAAUCAAUAAAAUUAUUUUUUAAUUUUAAUGAUUUCCCUAAUAAACUUGACAGAUUAAUGGAAACAACUAACAGAGAUAUUGAUGUAGCAAUUGAAUACGAUGACAAUUUAAUUGAACGACUUAACAGACCGAACGAAUGUGUUUUCAAUAGAAACAAUUGUAUUGAUAAUACUGGUAAAUUUGUAAAAAUGUCUUAUGAUCGUAUUGAUUUUCCAAAUGAGUAUGCUUACAGUAAGAAUGAAUGGCUCAAGAAGUUGCUAGAGUUUGCUGAUGAAACUUGUGGUAUUAAUUCUAAAAACAUAUAUGAGUACGGCAAGGCGAGACAAUGUACUAAUAAACCAAAAAAAUUAUUUAACGAUUGUAAUGCCAAACGAUUAUACAAUGAAUUAUCAAAAUGGCGGAAUGAAAUGAGAAUUUCACGAAGAUUUCACAAAAAAAUGCUCGUUACUUUUUCUGAUUGGCUAGAAAACCCUCAAAUGAAAAUCAAUAAAAUACGUGUCCCUAUGGAGAUGCGUGGAAAGAAACAUAACACUGUUUUGUCACCUAAGCACAACAUAUUUGAACUUCCAACAUUGCAACGGAUGCACAGGUGUAGUGUGUGCUAUAAAACAUUUUCCACCCAAUCUCUGUUCCUAGACCACAUAUUAACCGAUCAUAAGACUAAUGAACUAUAUGAAUGCAAAUCUUGUGAUAAAGAGUUUUCAAAUAAAUCAACAUUAGAAUUGCACCAAGCGUUCCAUACAGUCUUAGAUAAAUAUACUUGUGACUUAUGCUCAAUGUCAUUUAUAACAGCAGUAGAUUUUAAGCGACAUGAUUGCACAGAAAAAAAAUCCCUAAAGUGUGAAGUAUGCUAUCUAGAUUUUGUUAAACCAAAAUACCUCAAGAUACACCAAAAUAUUCACAAGAAUAACACUAAUUACAUUUGUGAAUUUUGCCCAGAAUUUACGUCCUCAUGCAUUGCAGAUCUGCAGGAGCAUAUCAGGUUAAACCACGGAUUUCCAGCACUUGAUUGGUCCAAAUUUUAGCCACAUUAUAAUGAUGUAAAUUUUUAUGAUUACCAUAGGCAAUUUGUUAUUUUCUAAAUUUGGCAAUAUUUAAUUAAUGUGUUUCUGUAU